CGUAAUUCUAUACAUGCAGCAAGAGUAUGUAAUGUAAUUGUUUAUCAUAAAAAGAAAUAAUAAAGGAAACAUUAGAUAGAUCUAGAUAUGCCGAUGUAGUAGAUGUAGAUUAUUUGUAGAUUUUAUUUUAAAAUGGAAAUGUGUGUCAGCAAAAUCAUUAGAAUCUAAAUAAAUUUUUAGAUAAACCUGUGUUAUUUCGUACUUUCAAUUUCAACAGUGUGUUUCCGGUUCUGUAUUAACGAUGUCAUCAAAGUUGUGGCACUAUUUCACCAAACACACUUGGAAUACUUUAUCAAAAGAGCGUUAUUUAAUAUCAAAAUUAAAUUUCUCUAGUGUGCAGGCCAGUAAGCUAUCCUAUUUUCCAACUAAAAUGUCUACUGUAUUCGUCAGAAAUUUAGAAACCGAAGAAAGAUUACAAAUAACACUUGAUUUGUCAGACUCAAAAGAAGGUCGGGGAACAGUAAAAACAUUCAAUUUGAACAGACAGAAAAAUGAAGAGCUGAAAGUAACAUUGGACAGACUGCGUCUCAAUUUGUCAAAAAAGUUAAACAAAAAAGUAAAGAAAAAGAAGAAAGAAACAGAAAAUAAUGCUGAGUCUUCUGUUGACCAAUCUACUGAUAAAAGUAAUGAUUAUUUAGAAAUUCCUCUAGAUAUAAUUUUAAAUGGAAAAAGUGUUGAUUUAUCUACUAGUAAUCAAGACGCCUGGGUGAGAGGAGCUCUUCUUAAAGUUGGUGAGGAAGAAAUUCCUAUAAAUUUUAAUCCACCAAGUGUUAAAUUAAGAAAUUUGCCUACAAUCAUUUUAGAAGGGUUUCCUUUAUUCCCCGAGAUAGAGAUUGAGUUCGCAAACCUUCAAGAAUGUGAAUUUUAUUGGAAAACGUUUGAAGCUAAACAUCUUCAGAAAAUGAAUUUAUUGGUUAGCAAGGGUCAGGUAGAUCUGAGCGAUGCAGUAAAAAGUUACAGCUACACCCCUUUGGUUGGAGAUUUAGGACAUCAUAUUUUAUUAGUUUGUGUACCAAAAUUUAGUGCGUCUACUGGAAAAAUGGAAGCUGUCAUAUCAACAGUUCCUGUAACUCAAGGACCAGGUCCUUGUCCUUUUGAAAAGCGUCAUGCACAUACAUUAGAAGCGGCUCCAAAAGGAAGUUUUAGAGUGCUGACCUACAACAUACUAGCACAGAUCUACGCAGACACCGAUCUAGCGAGACAGGAACUGUUCAAUUAUUGUCCUUUGGAGGCAUUAGACAUGAAUUACAGAAAACAUCUUUUGUUAAAAGAAAUCAUUGGUUACAAGGGAGACUUAUUAUGCUUACAAGAAGUGGAUUAUUCAAUCUUUCAUUCUCAUCUAACACCAGCUCUCACUGCCUUGGGAUACUUUGGACUGUUUAGACCUAAGGCUGGUCAAGUAGCUGAGGGGUGUUGCCAUUUUAUCAGACAAGACAAAUUUCGGCUAGUAAGUGAAUUGGACGUAACAUUGUCAGAAUAUUUAUCUACUAGCCCAAACUGUGCAGACAUUUGGGCUCAAGUAAGCCAAGUACCAGCACUGAAAGAAAAACUUGAACAAAGGUCUUCCAUUCUUCAGGUUUCUGUUGUUGAAAGCUUAGAGACUCCUGGAAAGUUUGUCUGUCUAGCCAACACACACCUCUACUUUCAUCCAACCGCUUGCAACAUCCGCCUCAUCCAUGCAGUUACUGCAUUGAGGCAUCUGCAGAGUAUCAGAGAGGCAUACAUUCAAGAGAAUAAAGACAUCUCUAUUAUCUUCUGUGGAGAUUUUAAUAGCGCCCCACACCUGGGAAUCUAUCAACUCAUGACAGCACAAAUGGUACCAGCUGACCAUGUGGACUGGAGCUCUGCUGGACCUGAGGAAUAUUUGACAGGCCUCGAACUUUCACAACCCAUCAACAUGGCCAGCGCUUGUGGAGUGCCACCUUACACCAACUUCACCCGGGGCUUCAAGGAGACUCUGGAUUACAUAUUCUUUGACUCUGACAAGCUUGAGGUUACGCGUGUGAUCCCAAUGCCAGACCAUCAGGACGUCACUGCACACCAAGCCCUCCCUAGUGUUGUGUUUCCCUCCGAUCAUAUUGCUCAGAUAUGUGAGCUUAAGUUUAGAUAGGUUUAUCUUCUGAUCAAAUCUUUGUUAUUUAUCUAGUGUUUGUAAUGGUAUUGUUAAUGGUGUUAAGUUAAAGAACCUGUAAAUCUUGAGAAUGUAUUUAGUAGUAAUAUGAUCAGACAUUGCCAUUUGUUACAAUAGAUUGUCACAUAAUUUAUUAAGACUAUUAAUAUUGUAAUUAAAGGAUUUCAAAAAUGUU